AUGCACGACGUACCAGACGCACUUUCAAGACGACACAAAGACGAAGAACACAUAGAAACAAUAGAAGACACGACAGACAAAUGGUACACAUAUAAGAAAACACAAAAAGACAACAUGGAAAACACACAACCAAGAAUACCGGCCCUGAUGACACUGCGACUGACGAGACCGACGACAACAAAUACAAACACAGAGAGAACACCACUACUACAAACACCAGGACAGGCCCCACACCCACACAGAUACGGACGCGACGGCACACACCAGACAGAGACCCGACGAACUCUACUACCGACGCCCACCACACACAUACAGGUAACAAAGACCGCCACGACAACAACACACAUAACAACCACUGCACCCACAGCCACCCAGAAACACUCACAAACACACACACACAUGACCACACACCAGUUACACUCUCCGGACCAAGGCAAUGCCCAAAAUGCAACGGGCUGGUCCGGGACACUAAAUACCCACAACACGUACAAACCUGCACACAAACUAACACAGACACACAACACCCAGCACAAAUUGUCACACACCCACCAACAGUCACCCAAACCACACGAACCACAGCCACGCACACGACUACACACCCACCUACCAAGAAACAAACACCCCACACACCCUACAUCGACACCAACACCACGACACACACCACCCCCCGCAUCACCCGCUCUAUGGACACGUACCAGACUCACGAGACCACAGACAACAGAAGACAGGAUCCUACAAACAUUCGCCAACAUGGACACACGCACAGAACCGACGCAGACAAGACAGACAUACAAAAAACACAUAGGACCACCCCUAGAAAUAAUAUCAAUAAUUGCUAACCUACAAGCGACAAACACCCUGGACGACGAACUACGGGCACAAAGAGACAGAUACAUGACCAGACGGGCACACCAACAUACAAACACAGACGAGACUGAAGCCAGCACCUCCACACACCAACCACACACCACACAUCAAACAGCACCACACAAAACACAACCCUCAAACACACCAGACACCGACACCGACACAGACUCCACCACCUCCACCGCAGAGACAGUUAUACACAUCGAAACAACACACACAACGACGCCAAAGACACAAACGACGGACGACGACACAGACAAUAACACCGACACCACCUCACUCACCGACACAGACGAACAUACACAAACACCCCAACCAAUCACACACACCACACGGGACUCAAGACGAUACAAAAAACGAAAAACAAUACAACCACGGAGAAGCAACCACGAGCCACAAGAAAUAAGGAGCAACGCAAAAACUCACCAAGACCCACACCGACGAGAGCCACCGUACCAAAACCAAAAAUUGAAGCACAAAUAG